AUGUUUCCCCCGAUGAUUGACUACUUUUGGCUGAAGUUCAUCAACUGUUUCGGCCUGGUUAUGAAAUUGGCGGAGGAUUCGCGGGUAAUCAUGAUGAUGGUGAGCUGCACAAUGGCGGUGGCUUUCAUACUGAACCUUCUUUCGGGGAGAACUAUCCUGAGGAACGUGGUUAAUUCGCUGGCUAACCGGAGGCUAAAAUCCAGACUAGAUCGCAGGCCUUCGCCUAUUAAUAUUGUGGAGAGCGAGGUGAUUAAAAACCAGUUAAAAUCUCCUUUAAAUUGGACGCACUACGAGGAUCUUCCAAUGGCUACCGUUCUGGAGAAUAAUGGAAGUACGGUGAUCCUGCGGAUUUACACCCCCAUCAACUUUUUACCCCACCUGAACGGAGCUGAUUUAACCGGAAAAUAUCACUUUGUGGAGGCGAUCUUCAAGUGGGGCACCCUGCAGUCCGAGCAUUCGAUUGGAAGGAAACACUUCUGUCUGGAGAUGCAGGCACUGCAUCGAUGUGUUCAGGAAAAAGGAGCCUCCGAAUACCUCACUUUGUCCUAUUUAUUUACAGUGACCCCUGUGAAGAAUGAACCCCUUAAGAAUAUCUGCGACAAUCUCAAGUGGAUCCUGCACCCAGGAUCUUCGAUUGAACUGCCGCCCUUUGAACUGAAAUCAUUAAUCCCACCAUUCAGCAGAGGUCACUACACCUAUCAUGGAACCUACGAUAACGGGGAGGUGAUGCUGCCCACCACCUGGCUUAUCAAUCCGGUGAUUUCUCAAGUUAGCUCGCAUCAGUUGGCCCAGUUUUCGGCACUUUAUCGAAAAGAUGGCAGCAGGAACUCCAGCAAUUCCCGACAGGAACAACCGCUGGGCAGUCGUAAUGUGUACUUUAAUUAUUAA